AUGAAUGCGAAAGUAUGCCCCGGGAUUUCUGCCAAAUAUCACGGCCAACAAACUAUGUCGACGACCGGUCACACGCUGAAUUCCCAUAAGUUGGAUUCAAACUUCAUGAGGGAGCAAAGCUCGUACCGGGAAGCUAUCACCUCAUCUGCCUUACACUCGGGUGCCGGCGCAUUCUGUGGAUCCACAAAAAACUAA